AUGGGGGCCUACUAUAAAAGAAUCGAUGAAGGACAAGUUUCAAAAGGGUUUGUACCAGCAGACCCUGCUAACUUUGAUAUUAAAAAAUUUGUACUUUCAGGUUUAAGAGAAAAUUCAUUCGACAUGAACGCGAUUAGAGACCCAUGGGGGCAUCUUGCACGCUUCUACGAAACAAUGUCAAUGUCCAAACUUACUGAUAUCACUGAAGAUCAGGUUAAAUUAAGGUUGUUUGGAUUCUCACUGAUUGGAAUGGCGAAAGAUUGGUUACUUUGCCUUCCAAAUGGAACAAUUUGGACUUGGAAGGAAUUGGAGAAUAAAUUCCUAGAAAGAUUCUUCACUACUACUCAGUUUACCGAGUGUCAACCAAAAAUUAUGAUUUUUGAGCAGUGUGAAACAGAGUCAUUCUAUGACUCGUGGGAAAGAUUCAAACUUAAGUUACGCAGAUUCCUGAAUCACAAUAUGAAUAAUAUGAAGCAGAUGCAAAAUUUAAUCAAAGGUUUCAAGAGUCAAACUCGCAUGUUAUUGGAUGCUUCUGCGGGAUGUAUUAUCUGCCAAAUAAUCGAACCACAAGUAAAAGACCUUAUUGAGAAGAUAUGUAUGAUCGAGUACCAUUCCAAAAGCAAAAUGUCGGUCAAGAUUGAAACUGUGGGCACACCUAAAUGUAUGUUAGUUGUUGAUACCCAUACUACUCUUUUAGCUCUGAUUGAAUUGUUAAAUAAAAAGCUAGCUGAAAGCAGCUUAUGUAAAGCUAACGUGAGCCAGGUACAAGCACUUAGGUGUGAUUUCUAUGGAGGAGAACAUGCGAAUGGAAGGUGCUCGUUGGAAGGGACAAGUGAGAAGGUCCAAUUUUCUAAUUUUCAGAAGAACAACCCGUAUUCCAACACAUAUAAUCCGGUUGCAAAGAUCACCCAAAUUUCCGUUGGAGCAAUAAUCAAAAUUCAAAUGUUAACCAAGGUAAAUAAGAACCAUGGGAUUAUGAGUAGAAACCAUGAUGCGUCAAUUAAGAAUUUGGAGACACAGAUUGAAUUAAUUCCCAAGUUUGCUAAGUUUAUGCAGACAUUGUUGAAGGGUGGAGAACAAAAGUUGACUAAAGAACAUGUCAACAUGAUAAAGAAAGAGAAGAUGGCAGAACCUCAGGAAUUGUCACCAAAGAUGAAGGAUCCAGGAAAGUUCACCAUCGCUUGUACCAUUAGUGGGGAGAAAAUCCCAUAUGCUUUAUGUGACUUAGGGUCUAGUAUCAAUGUCAUGCCGCUGAUUUUUUUUAAGGAAUUGAAGAUAGGAGGGAUCUUACCAAGCGACAUGACACUAACUUUAGUUGAUUUAUCUGUUACACGUCUACUUGGCAUUGUACAAGAUGUUCUAGUUCAUGACGAUCGUUUGACCUUCCUUGCAGACUUUGUGGUGAUUGACAUGAAAGGUGAUUCAGGAGGGUCAGUUAUUCUCGGGCGCCCUUUCUUGGCAACUGGGAAAGCGAAAAAUAGAUGUGGAGACAUGUGA